UGCGCCAAAUUUGCAAAAUUUUCAAUCAAUUAGAACUUUGUCAGUAUUAUGGCGGCCAGUUAUGUAAAUCCUGUAAAACUGCGCUUUUAUUUGGAAAGAUACGAAAAAGAAAACAAGUUUAUAAAAGUGUACGAGAAAUUUACGCCUAAUGUUCAAGUGAAACCUUUAACCGGCAAGUUCUACGCGAAACACGAUGUCCUGUCCGCAGCGGAUGUUAGAGAGGAAGACGUUAAAUUAAUAUCUCGAUAUAAAGAGAUGACACCUACGGAAGUUUAUUCAUUCAGACCACCGUCAGUGAACAUGGAAUACGGCUGGUUCACGGCGCCGCUAAUACCUGUCACGAAGGAUUCACGAUUACGCUUUCCCAGGAAACACUCAGAUUUUAUCGCGAACAUUCUUUUACUUCGAAAAUUGCACACUUCUCUGCCUGAGAAAAAAUUUACGGGCAUUCCGUUCAAAACAUAACACAAAUUUUUGAUGAUUUUGAAACACAUAGCCAAGUGUUGGAAAUGUUCAAAAUAAAUUUUUACUGUUUACUAAUAAUUCUAAUUGUCAUGUUGCAUACGCGUGUCUCAGCUGAACUUGAAAAAAAAUUCGACACGCGUAGUCGACGCAUUGAUUCGCGUAAAUGUUGUGUUAUUUUGUUCCUUGGCAACAAGCGCCGUGAUAAUGACUCUUUCGCAAGAUGGCAUUGGGCUUUUAAAGUGUGCAUUGAAGUGAGUCCAAAGAAAAAGAGUAAAAACAUCUUUCUGGACACGCAAAUAUUCAGAAAACACUUUAUAUGAUAUGUCGCGGUUGCAUGUCUCUGAAAAUACCAAAGUGAAAAUCGAUUCGAGUGCAAGUUCGCGGCAACGAUGUUGUUAAUCAUAUGAUUGAUGUCAGUCAAACUGUCAUCAGACAUGUCAGGCAGAGCUUUCUACGUUAAAGUUCAUCUACAAGUACACGCGGUAACAUGCCCUGGCGUUUGGUUGUGUCCCAACGGCAAAGUGGCUCUGCAAAUCAACGCUCUCGAUUCGUGCGCGGAAUCCCGAAGAAUAAGUCCGAUUUUUCCGUUGCUGUUUCACGAAAGAUUUACGUUCAGUAAAAUUUUCGCUCGCACAGCGUCUCUGGCCGAACUGCAGCGCACUUUGGAGCAAGAAGUUUUACACGCGAAGCUGACACAGUGGGCAACACCAUGUAGUCGCGGCAUUACUCUGGCCACGUUUGAGACAAAUUUAGCCGACUUGUUGUAUCCCGAGCCAAGCUUCAAAGGUUUAUUAGCAGGAGUGGACGUGGACUUACUGAUGGAACCAACCAAGUGUUUUCCUGGUAUCAUAGCGCCUAAAAUCGAAAUUUCUACCAAAACAGUUGUCGAGGAAGUGUUAGGCAGCGACACAUAUACGAACAGAUGUUACGUUGUGAAUCCCAAAAUGAUUAAUUCUAAGCAAACAACGUGUGGACAAAGAAAACGUCCGGUUAAGGGUAUCAUAAGGCAACGAAGAGUGUGUCACGCCACGAGUAAACCAAGAUCUCAAAGCUGUCGACCAUAUCGACAAAGAUCGAGCAGUAUGGGUGAUUCUCAUCGCUGUCCCUCGUGUUAUCACGUUGGACCACAACUCGAUCAGUGUUAUCACACAACGAGAGAGAAAGAUUCCACAUGCGUUCCUCGAUCGUGUUCUUCAAAGUCAAGCGAAACUGCCGUUUUAUGUGAUACUAUUACUCAUGUCACAGACAAUUGUCCGGUGUGUUUGAAGUACAACUGUUACUUUUCAAACAAAUGCCACGACGAUUCGGACAUAAUUCAGAAAUACGUUGCUCCCAAGCAAAGACCGUUGUUUGACACGAGAGAGAACUGUAUAUGCUUGGGUAAACCGGACAGCACAUCCGACACGCAAGAAAACACAUCAUCAUGUCGUUGCACAGUACGAUCGCAAAUAAGAAAUCUUCAGAAGAUUAGAAAAAAAUUGAGCGCUACCGAGGCUACGGAUAACGUCGAAGAGUGCGAGCCGAGUUGUAAAUUCGUCCGAGAUCACGCGAGUUCUCACGGGUAUUACAAGGACUUGGAAAGAUUUUAUAAAAAAAUGUACAAGCAGGCAAAAAUACGAGCGCAAGAAGUUGACGAUUGAUAAAUAUGACGAUAA